CUGAAGUAAAGCGUGAACGUCCCUUAUGAGGCCUGUGAACGACUCACGUAAAAUGGCGACGGCAGAGCCGGAAAUAAACUCAAAUUCCUGUAAAAGUGAAGAGGAAAAUUCAGAACAGAGCAGCCGGGAGAUUGUCAGCCCUGAGAGCUACAUCAAACACCCACUACAGAACAGAUGGUCACUAUGGUUCUUCAAAAAUGACAAGAGCAAAACAUGGCAGGCAAAUCUCAGACUGAUCUCGAAAUUUGACACAGUCGAGGAUUUCUGGGCGCUUUAUAACCACAUUCAGCUCUCCAGUUAUUUGUUGUCAGGUUGUGACUACUCAUUGUUUAAGGAUGAUAUUGAGCCCAUGUGGGAAGAUGAGAGAAAUAAAAGAGGAGGCCGCUGGCUCAUCACUCUCAACAAGCAGCAGAGAAAAUAUGACCUGGACCGCUUUUGGUUGGAAACUCUGCUGUGCCUCAUCGGAGAGGCUUUUGAUGACUACAGUGAUGAGGUAUGUGGCGCUGUAGUCAAUGUCCGAACCAAAGGUGAUAAAAUUGCUGUCUGGACAAGUGACUAUGAGAACAGAGAGGCUAUAACUCACAUAGGGAGGGUGUACAAGGAACGGUUAGGCAUCCCUAUGAACAUGACCAUUGGCUAUCAGUCUCAUGCUGAUACAGCCACUAAGAGUGGCUCUACAACUAAGAACAAAUUUGUGGUGUAAAGAUAUUCAACUGCCUGAAUCCUCUCUCUCUCUCUCUCUCUCUCUCUCUCUCUCUCUCUCUCAUGCUCUCCUAUUCUCUCUCCCCUAUCUCUUUCUCUGCCGGAUAAAACCAAAGAAACAUAAAGACAGACUGGACUCAAAUUGACACAAUCCUCAUCAAAUACAGUUUUCCCAAAAGCCCUUCACAAACACACUCUUGGAUUGACACAAGAUCUGAGGAUUGCAGCACAGACAAGUUAUAAAAAUAACAAUACCUCUGCUGCUUGUUACAUUUACACAGACAUCUCAUAUGUGUCAUGUUUACACUACAGUGCAAAUGUUUUCUUUAUAACCAGACAGGUAAAAAAAUUCAGAUUUAUCACUACACAGUUUCCCUUAAAGAACACAACAUUCAAUUGUUUAAUAUUGUUGUGAGUUGUAAAAUAUUGAACUUUUUUUGAAAGAUAUUGUCAGUUUAUUUAAUGGCAGAGAAAAAAAAUGUCUGUAUUCUUUUAGCAGCUUUAGUGCUUCAGUGCCUGAUGAACAUAAACAUUUUAAUUUAUUCAGAUUAAUCCUCAACAUUUUGUGAAGAUACCCGACCAUCGAGUUCAUGUAUUCAAGCCAAUCUUCACAGAGCUGCCUUGCGUCUUUAAGCAUUAACUUAAUUAAAUAUGGGGGUUUGCGAUUCAAGAUAAGUCUUUUUAUAUUGUGAAUUUUUUUGAUGCUUCACAAGUUUACAUUCCUUGUUAGAAUGGUAAAAUGUGGGGCUUUUUGCAGUAUUGUAACAGAUGCAUUAUGCUCGUGUCUGAAUGUAAUUAGCUAGAGUUGGUGUUUUUAAUAAGGUAGCAGCAUUAUUAAAUAGGCCCUGAAAAAAAACUA